AUAUACACACACUACUAUUAUUAUCAGGUAUAAGAUAAUGGCCUCCUCCAUAACUGUGGAUCAAAUCCGAAAGGCUCAGCGGGCUGAGGGUCCGGCCACCAUCCUCGCCAUUGGCACGGCCACUCCUGCCAACUUCAUCAUCCAAGCUGAUUAUCCUGACUACUACUUCCGCGUCACCAAAAACGAACACAUGACUAACCUCAAAAAAAGAUUCCAACGAAUAUGUGAUAGAACCAUGAUAAAGAAACGUCACCUGUUCUUGACCGAAGACCACCUAAAGGAGAACCCAAACAUGUGCGAGUUCAUGGCGCCGUCCCUGGACGCACGUCAAGACAUAUUGGUGGUCGAGGUUCCCAAGCUUGGAAAGGAGGCUUGCAUGAAGGCCAUCGAGGAGUGGGACCAGCCAAAGUCCAAGAUCACCCAUUUCAUCUUCGCCACCACCUCCGGUGUCGACAUGCCUGGCGCCGACUACCAAUGCGCCAAGCUUCUCGGACUCAGCUCCUCCGUGAAGCGUGUGAUGAUGUAUCAACAAGGUUGUUUCGCCGGUGGAACUGUUCUCCGUAUCGCCAAGGACAUAGCGGAAAACAACAGGGGUGCCCGAGUUCUUGCCUUGUGCUCUGAGAUCACGACUUGCAUAUUUCAUGGCCCAACGGAAUCUCAUUUGGACUCCAUGGUGGGACAAGCUUUGUUCGGAGAUGGGGCUUCUGCGGUCAUCGUAGGUGCUGAACCGGAUGAGUCGGCCGGGGAACGACCGAUCUAUGAGUUGGUGUCAGCUGCGCAGACGAUUCUGCCAAACUCAGAAGGAGCGAUCGAUGGGCAUUUAAUGGAAGCGAGGCUAACGUUUCACUUACUCAAGGACGUGCCCGGGUUGAUCUCUAACAACAUCGAGAAGGGUUUGAUUGAGGCCUUCACUCCGAUCGGGAUUAAUGACUGGAACUCCAUAUUCUGGGUUACACACCCCGGUGGACCGGCCAUUUUGGACGAGGUGGAGGCCAAACUGGAACUGAAGAAGGAAAAGCUGGCAAUCUCACGCCAUGUGUUGAGUGAGUACGGGAACAUGUCGAGUGCAAGCGUCUUCUUCGUAAUGGACGAGUUGAGAAAGCGGUCGUUGGAGGAAGGGAAGUCGACCACCGGAGAUGGAUUGGAUUGGGGUGUUCUUUUCGGCUUCGGACCCGGUUUGACGGUGGAGAUGGUGGUCUUGCAUAGCGUUGAAAACAAGGUCAAAAGUCAGACUUGAACAUGGAAGUUUGUGAAGGAUUUGGAGUUGGAGAAUGACUGAAUAAGCUUUGAUUCGAUUCUUCAAGAGUUGAUGUUUAGAAGAGGCUAUGCCUUUUUUUUUUAAAUAAAAAUAUUA